UCCACCCUCAUUCGCUUCCCUCCGCUUUUGUCUCUCCUCCCUUCUCUCCUCCCUCUUACAAGUCAGCGCGCCCGUUGGCACAGGAAAGAUUGAAAGUGACAUACACUGAUUAGAAACCGGUCCUCUGCGCUGUUAAACCCCGCUGUGACACUGCAACUCGAACUUCGCUGUUUUUUUUUGUUUUUUUUCUUUUCGGUCAGAUUGCUUUUCUUUGCCCGGAUUGUAGAGCGUUUUCUUCGCGGUGCGUCGCGCUGUUUGUGAGCCUUUUCUCUCUCUUCCGAGGAUGAAGCCAUGAGUUUAGAGGAGAGCACACUUGUGCCACAGAGACGCCUUUUGAGCUAAAAGGCGGGCAGACGCUUUAAAGAGGGGACGAAGGUUUACAAAAAGAGCCGAACACAUUUACGUGUGCGCGCUGCUGUCCACAAACUCUCCUUUUUCUUUCCUUCUCAUCUCCGCUCGCUCCGCUGCUUUGCGCGCUAUCCACACACACACACACACACACACACACACACACACACACACACACUCAAAACCUCCAGCCUUCACCACCAAUAAACCAACUUUUCUUCUCUGUGGAUCUCCUGCGCGGUCUCGACUCCAGACCCAGCAGCACAGGACCCGCGUGAUCCAGGAGUCGAAUCAAAGCCCAGCCCUGGAUUCAAUACUCCUGAUCAAUGGACAGAGCCUCCUCAGCGGGCAGCAGCGCUACAGACACGUCGUAAACAACUCAUUCUCUCUGGCUGGAGAUCCUCUGGGAGCCUGGAGGAGGAUGGAGCGAGGAGGGGAGAGUCCCAUCACCCAGGACAGUCCCGAGCAGAGGGGGGGCAGCCCGGAUCUCAGCGGCCUCCCGCCACCGGGGAAGAAAGGCCGGUUGGAGCUCAACGGGAGUCCCACUGGGCCACGAAUACGCCACAACGGAGCCCCACCGAGACCCCUCGGAGGUCUGAUGAUUCCUGUCUUCUGUGUGGUGGAGCAGUCAGAUGGAGGGAUCCAGACAGACGGAUGCGAGGGACGAGAGGAGCACGCAGAGUUUGUCCUGGUCAGGAAGGAUAUUCUCUUCUCUCAGCUGGUGGAGACAGCUCUGCUGGCCCUCGGGUACUCCCACAGCUCUGCAGCACAAGCCCACGGCAUCAUAAAGGUGGGAAAGUGGAAUCCUCUUCCCAUUCACUUUUUGACUGAUGCUCCAGAAGCAACAGUUGCUGACAUGUUGAUGGAGGUUUACCACAUGGUCACAUUACGCAUUCAACUACAAAGUUUUUCAAAGCUGGAGGAUCUGCCCUGCGAACAGUGGAACCAUGCAACUGUCAGGAAUGCUCUCAAAGAGCUUCUAAAGGAAAUGAACCAAAGUACUCUGGCCAAAGAGUGUCCUCUAUCACAGAGCAUGAUUUCCUCCAUAGUGAACAGUUCCUACUAUGCCAACGUAUCCACUGCCAAAUGUCAAGAAUUCGGUCGUUGGUACAAGAAGUAUAAAAAAAUCAAAGGAGAUUACUUGGAGAAGAUGUGGUCUGGACGAGAUGCUGCUGACAUAAAAAUUGAGAGAGACAACAUGGCUGACUUCUGUGUGUUGGGCCAGAGACCUCCACCUCAUCUGGCUGGCCUGGCACAGCUCGGUCACCUGGGAGCCAGCAGUCCCCUCCUCAAAUCUCCAGAUUCGCAGGCACCCUCCCAGACACCUCAGCAACCACCUCCUCCUCCUCAGCAGCAGCCCUCACCUCACGGUCCCCUCCAUCACAGCCCUCCUCUCCGUACAGGGCAGGUGCCUCCUCCUCCCCCACCUCCGCCGCCUGGUGCCCUGCAGCCCCUGCUGGGCCCAGGUGGACUGCUCUCUCCUCAACUCUCACCGCAGCUGGUACGGCAGCAGCUCGCCAUGGCCCACCUCAUCAACCAGCAGCUAGCCGUGAGCCGCCUGCUGGCUCACCAGCACCCUCAAGCUCUCAACCAGCAGUUUCUGAACCACCCGCCGAUCCCACGGGGUUCAUCCAAAGCUGGCGGUGACCACCCUGGAAGCAACCCCUCUGCUUCUGAAGUCUCCUCUGAAAUCUACCAGCAGGUCAGGGAUGAGCUGAAGAGAGCUAGCGUGUCCCAGGCUGUGUUCGCCCGUGUGGCUUUCAACCGUACACAGGGCCUGCUCUCAGAGAUCCUGAGGAAGGAGGAGGACCCUCGCACGGCCUCGCAGUCUCUGCUGGUGAAUCUGAAGGCCAUGCAGAACUUCCUCAACCUGCCUGAGAGCGAGCGAGACCGAAUCUACCAGGAGGAGAGAGAGCGCACCAUGAACCCUUCGGUUGGCCUUCCCGCCUCCAACUCCUCCAACCCCGGCGCACCACGCCUUUCACAGAAAGUGUGGGAGAGGAGCUUGGAGGACCAGAAAAUCCCAGAUACCUGGGCCUCAAUCUGGAAGAACAAGGCCAAGAUCUGUAACUCUCCCAAGCCGUCUGGCCCGCCCUCCGACCUCCCGCUGAAGCUGGAGUCACUGGUCAACAUUACGUCAGGCAUCUAUGAUGAAAUUCAGCAAGAGAUGAAGCGAGCCAAAGUGUCCCAAGCCCUGUUCGCAAAGGUGGCGGCCAACAAAAGCCAGGGCUGGCUGUGCGAGCUACUUCGGUGGAAGGAGAACCCCAGCCCUGAGAACCGCACUCUGUGGGAGAACCUGUGCACCAUCAGGAGGUUCCUGACGCUGCCGCAGGCCGACAGAGAUCUUGCAUACGAGGAGGAGUCCAGACACCAUCACACCGAGAGGCUGCACACCGUCCUCCACAUGCCACAGGACACACAGGCACUUCACAGGCCACCCCCAGCCCCCAUGAAGGAGCAUCACCUGUCUCCAAUGCGCGAAGAACCACUGUCUGCCUCAGCAAAUGAAGAGAGGUCACAGAAUAUGGGUGGAGGACCUACAGGUGUUGCAUCUGGCACUGUUGGCGGUGCUGGAAGCAACAAGAAGCCCCGAUCGCGCACCAAGAUUUCUCUAGAGGCCCUGGGUAUCCUGCAGAGCUUCAUCCAGGAUGUUGGCCUGUAUCCGGACCAGGAGGCUAUUCAUACUUUGUCUGCACAGCUUGACCUCCCCAAACACACCAUCAUCAAGUUCUUCCAGAACCAGCGAUAUCACGUCAAGCACCACGGCCGCCUCAAAGACCUGGGCGAGGGUGCUGCUGCCACUGGAGGGGUUGAUGUCAGCGAGUACAGGGAAGAGGAGUUGCUUUCGGGCUCAGAGGACCCAGAGUCGAGCGAGGAUGGGGCUGAGGAGAUCUACCAGCCCACUGAGGGGAACAGUGGGAGCAGCGGGGGGCUGAACCAGCCUCCGACAUCCUCCAGCUCCAACUCCAGCCAGUCGUCUUUAGGGCCCAAUGCGGCUCAGGAGGAGGGCAAGGACAAGGGGCAAGGCAGGCUCAGUGGACCUCUUGCACCCGGGAGCUCCUCAUCCAGUCCUCGAGAGCAGGCUGACUACCAGAGGUAGAGACUGACGAACAGAGAGGACAGAGAUAAAGAGAGAAGCACGAGAAACGUAUGUUCUGUGAUAGGAAGUGAAGAAUUACUCAUGAAACUAUGGAGGGUGGCAGCAUAGGAAGGUUAACUUCUACCCAGGCACAUUAACCAAGACAGCAUUGGGCUGAAACACUGUACAUCUGAAAUGAUCAGACAGACUGUGUACAGUACCAAACACAGAUUUGUAGAGUGAAAUUACCUCAGUAGAAGAAAACAGGUUAUCGGUGUGCUGUGAUACGGCAGUAGUUGUAUAAAUGUGAAAGAAUACUCCCCCGAGGAACGUUUAAAUGAUUCACCCCAGAUUUUCAUUCGUAGGAAAUACUUUUUCUACUCCGACCUCGAAACAAUCGCACCAAUUUAUCCCAAUCAGCCAGGAAAGCCACUCCAAGGGUGGGGGAUGUUCCACGCUCCUCCUCUUUAAAGACAGAGCACAGUCAUAUAGAACUUAAAUGGUGGGCUGGGUCCUCGACAAAAACGCUGAAAUCCUCAGGACACACGCUGAUGUUGCUUUUGCCUGCCUGAGAUCGCGGGUACACAGCACUCUCUGUGCAUCUUCAAGCUUUAUUUCAUUGUGGCAAAGAGGUGAAGGCAGACACACACACACACACACUUCCUGCCUCUGCCUCACAGUCACACUCCAGAAUAGUCCAAUCUAGCACCUACUGAUCACAAGGACCCUGAUAUUUAGUGGAUGUGCUGUAUUCUCGUCCCCCUUCUCCCGUCCAUCUGUCUCGCCGCUCAAAGCUGCAAAAGACAAACUGUUUAAAACUGAGUGUGGAGAGGAGCGGUGGACAGUCUGGCAGGAGGACAGCGAAGAGGAUGUGGCGUGGAGGGACCCUCACAUUCGUGUGCGAGAGGGAAAAAAUGUUAGGA